ACCCGCGCGCCGGACGCGCGUCACUCGGCGGCGCGCCCGGCCCGUCCCGGCGCGGCCGUCGCGAUGAACAGCGUGGGCGAGGCGUGCACGGAGCUGAAGCGCGAGUACGACCAGUGUUUCAACCGCUGGUUCGCCGAGAAGUUCCUCAAGGGCGACAGCGCCGGCGACCCCUGCGGGCAGCUCUUCAAGCGCUACCAACUUUGCGUGCAGAAAGCAAUCAAGGAGAAGGACAUACCCAUUGAGGGCGUGGAGUUCAUGGGCCCGAGUAAAGGAAAAACGGAAAACUCCUCUUGAUGUUGGCUGUACGGGUGGAGUCACUAAUACAAGCCUUUGGACUAAGCACCAUCACCAGGUGUACCGUGGAUGCCACCUGGAGAAGACCUUUAGACCUUUGUUAACUCCCUUAUAGGAAGUGAGAAAUGUUCUCUGCUUGUGAAAACAAACAGUUAAAAGGAAAAAAAAGACUGGAUCAUGUGCUAACUGCUGCCUCCUUUCCAGUGAAAGUUGUUGGUGGUUCAGCAUCUAAUGGCUUAAAAAUCCAUGUGAACUAACUUCCUACUGAAUGUAAUGGGGGAAUGGGUUGAAGUGGGCUGAGAUAGUUUCUUUGUGGCUGAUUUCUUUUGCUUAUUUAUAUAACACUUGAAAGUGUUUAAGAAGAAUAUGGAGGGAGUUGAUAUACUUUGUGUCAUCUCUAUGCUGCUGAAUUUUGGUGAAGUUGGUUUCAUGUGAUCCUGAAAGCUGAAGGGCUUAAGCACUGUUCUGUGUCAGCAAGAGAGAUGGUUUAAAAGCACUACUGGACCUGCAACAGCUUGGCUAAAAUAAAUACAACCAGGUUAUAUUUUGUUCAAGUAGGUAA